AUAAUGCUUAUGAUCCAGAUGUGAGUGCUAAACAGAUAUGGAUAGACAAAACAGUGAUAAAUGACAACAUAUGCUUGACGUUCACUGACAAUGGAAAUGGUAUGAACUCAGAGAAGCUGCACAAAAUGCUAAGCUUUGGCUUCAGUGAGAAAUCGGUGAUGAAUGGCCGUGUUCCAGUGGGACUGUAUGGAAAUGGAUUUAAAUCGGGGUCCAUGCGCCUGGGAAAAGAUGCAAUAGUCUUCACAAAGAAUGGAGAAACCAUGAGUGUGGGCCUGUUAUCUCAGACUUUCCUUGAGGUCACAAAAGCAGAACAUGUUGUGGUUCCUAUAGUGACGUUCAACAACCAACAUAUCCUUUCAGCUAUUUCUGGAUGA